AUGCACAUGGACACAAAAUUCAUCAAGGAGGCGAAGGAAGCAUCCCAACAGUUCUACGCUCGAGCAGUGAACGCCAUCCUUUCCAAAGUUCCCAAAGGAUUCAUGUUUGCAUCAAUGAGUGGAGGAAAGAAGGGGGGUUCAGGAACAACGGAGACGAGAAGUAACUUCCUUCGUCAGUUCAGAGAUGCGGAGAGUCGAGAACUACGCAAACUCACCGCCAAUCAGUUCAUGGAAGUCUGGAGUCAUUACGACAAAGAUGGGAACGGGUACAUAGAGGACAAGGAACUGGAUGCUUUCUUGAGGGAGUUUGUGUCGAGUGUGAACAGCACCGAUGUCGCCGGAGAGGUGGUGUCAGACGCUAUGCUUGCCGAACUAAAGGAAUGCUUCAUGGAAGCCUAUGAUGACAACCAGGAUGGAAAGAUCGAAAUUCGAGAGUUGGCUCAGUUACUCCCAAUGGAAGAGAACUUCUUGCUUCUCUUUCGAUUCGAUAAUCCUCUCGACUCCAGUGUGGAAUUCAUGAAGAUCUGGAGAGACUACGAUCGAGACAACAGUGGGUUCAUCGAAGCAGACGAACUGAAAAAUUUCCUCCGAGACUUGCUCAAGGAGGCGAAGAAGAUGAACGAAGUGACGGAAGACAAGCUCAUUGAAUAUACCGACACCAUCCUCCAGGUGUUUGACGCCAACAAAGAUGGAAAAUUGCAAUUGAGCGAAAUGGCCAAGUUGCUCCCAGUGAAGGAGAACUUCUUAUGCAGGCAGAUAUUCAAGGGGGCUUCCAAAUUGACCAAGGGAGACAUCGAGAAAGUUUUCUCCCUCUACGAUCGAGAUAACAGCGGCAUGAUUGAGAACGAAGAACUCCGUGGUUUUCUCAAAGAUUUGCUUGAAUUGGCCAAGAAGGAUUACGAUGCGAGUGACCUGGAAGCGUUUCAGGAGACCAUCAUGAGGGGCUGUGACUUCAAUCGAGACGGCCGAAUCAAUCGGAAGGAGUUGACCAUGAUACUGUUGGCUUUGGCCAAGGCCAACGAGGAACCGGAACCGGAGACGGAAGGAUCCGGGGCCACUGGUGGAAAAAAGGAGAAGUGAUUCCCGCAUCUCAACGGAAAAUCUUACCAUUUCCCCAGUGGGCACUUCACACUUAUGAUGUUGGUUUUUGCUGGCAUUUACCUUUUGAGAGUCUUUUCAACCGGUGCGUUCGUGCACCGGUUGCACACAAACACCACGCGCAUUUUGGGAACUCAAAUGAAAACAAUUUUUCUUGGACAGAAUCUCACGCGUUGAGACGAGGGAAAACCCCGGAGACAUGAAAUUAUGCUUUUUGUUGGUUUGAACACGGUCCUGAAACCUACCGCCUUUGUCUUCUUCAAUUCAUUCCAUGAUGUGUGGCAAGCAUAUUGAAGACUUAAGGGGAAGAACAAGUGAAUCAUAUUUCCCUUUCUUGUUGGAUACAUGCGUAUACGAGUAGGACAGUAAAUCACAUUCUUGUACAAUGCAUAUAGGUUUGGCUCCUAAAUAAGAGGGACGACUAAACUGCCCUUGCAUUUUUUUUACUUAUAUCAAAUGAUGCGUCUCCGUGUAUCGUUUCGUUCUUUCUCCGACGUCUCCUUAGCCUUCUUAUCUGGUUACCCCCCCUUCUCCCCUUAUACACAGAGGAUAAAUCGUACCUACGCAUGCUACCUCGCUGACCCUGGCUCGCAUUUCCUUUCAUUACGCCUCCAGAUCCAGACAUAUAUUGGAUCUGCAAUUCCAUCUGAUAUAAAGCUAUGUACGCUCGUUUUCUCUUCCUGUUCCUGUUCUGAACUGUUAUAUGCAUUGAGGUUAUAGAGGCACUAUGAAAACUACGAUUCGUCAUUUUACGUGCAUGUACUUUCGAAAGAAUUCAUGGAGAAGUCCAUGGAAGUACAAGCCUCCUUUCAAUUUCUGUCUCAUUUCUAUGGUGCCCUGGCGCUGAUGACCUUGUUUCCUCAACGUUGUUGUUGUUGAAUUUCUUGACUGAAGGGCUGCUUGUAUAUAUAAAUUGCGAAUUACGUUUGAA